AUGAUCAAGAUCAAGAAGUUCACAGGAGGAUCCUCACGCAAUUGGCUUCUCUGGAGCAAUCGAUUCCGCCGCCUUUCCUGGAAAAAGCAGUGGACGGAUGAGCAGAAGGCAUACAACAUGGUUGUCCCUAUUGACGGCGACCUCGCGACGGAGGUUGAAAAAAUCGCUCAAGACGCAGUUCGGCAGGGCAGGAAUUUCGACCAGUUUUUCACGGAAGUAGGAUUAUUGUCUGUCCGCACGACUUCAGGGUGA